AUGCUGUGGGUUUUUUUCCAUAUGGCCAAGGCAAGUCCACAACUCUUAUGGUCCCGGGGUCUUGCUCGGAGCUGCGACGUAUUUCCAGAUGGUUUCCAGAUCAACAAACAAGGCCACGAAGUUGGCAUUUUCGAUUGGGACUCGGUGAUGUCCAUUGAGGGCCCGAAAAUUCUUUACGUGCCCUCCAUGGACAUGGUGCAGUUCCUGCCACGUUUCCAACAGGCUCCGUCCUCUGCUCGCAUCACGUUGGUGACAGGCCAAGAGGAUGUGGGUGUACCGUGUGAACUCUUCCGCAACACAUCCUUUGCGAGACCAGAGUUCUAUUCCAUUCACCCUUCUGCUCCAACUGUCGAGGCCCGGCGGUGGUCCUUGCUGCCCGAAAACCUGACCAAACUGCUGGCAGACUCACGCUUGCUGCAUUGGUUCACACAGAACUAUGACGCAACAGACUGUCUUGAAGGCGAUGCGUUGAAAAGGAUCUCUGCAAUGCCUCUGGGAUUGGAUUUCCACACGAAAUCUGAGAAGGCCUUGGAUCCGGUGCCGGUGGAGCUGCAAGAGCGCCAGUUGAAGGCAGCUCGACAGGCAGUUGUGCCCUUCCGUGCCCGGUACAUGGAGCUGCUGUUUCCGGUUGAUUGUCACAGCAGCUACUGGUGGCUGCCACCUCGUGGGAGCUACUGGUGGCAACCAUCUCGUCGGCAACCAUGUGGCCAUCGUCGCUGUGCCUGCCAAGUCUUGGGCACUUCCUGGCAACCCGUGCCAUGGCCGCGUUUCUUGCAAUUGCUUGGCAUCGUGGCAUUCGUGGCCACACCCUGGGGACAUGGUCUUGAUACUCAUCGCUUUUGGGAGGUGUUGAUGAUGGGCAGUGUGCCCGUGGUUUUGUCAUCGCCAUUGGAUCGUCUCUAUGAACAGUUUCCAGUGAUCAUUCUGCAGAAUUGGCAGGAGGCGCAGCCCAACGCCACCUGGCAUUGGCGUCGGCAGAUCCUGCGGCGCUGGGGAAGGGAACCGGUUUCAGAAGAGGUGCGACUUCGAUUGACCACCGAAUUCUGGGCAAAGCUGAUUCGUCAGAAGCACCUCGAAGAGCUGACACGGUGUUGGAGUUCCGAGAAUUUCAAAAUGUCGUCUGACCCGGUCUCACGGUCUCAAGGUCUCACGGUCCGUCUCCAAGGGAUUUUGGCGAAUUUGGUGCCGAAGCUUGCUCUGGAGCUGUGCGGGCAGAAAGAGGUCUUCUCCCAAAGUGCGAAGGCAUGGCUUCCAGGGCGGGUCUCUCUGCUGGCUGCUCCUGGGAAGAUCACCGUGUGCUAUUCCCUCGAGGGCAAGAAGUGUCGCAAGCAUCUCAGCCCGUUUACACAGAUGAUCCGAGUGGAGGACAGGAUCGAGGAAUCUGAGGAAGAGGCAGAUCCAGAUCUGUCCUUUCACCAGGUGUUUCGCUUUUUCUUGGGCGACCUCGCAGAGACUCCACAGUACUCCUUGCAGCGGACCUUGGAGAAAGCUGCGCAGAUGGAACGACAGCAGAAGCACCAAGCACGCAGUAUUCAUCCUGCGUCUGCAACAAGAGCACGGGAGAUUGCCGUGGAGGCGAGAGAGAACUAUCACCAUUACGGCGUGCUCUUUCUCGACGAGGAGAACCCAGAGUUCAACGAAAAGCUCCAGCGUCGUGGCAUCGUUCGACUGGCUUCGCUUCCUGCAAAGCUCAUUGAUGGAAGGCCACGAGCACGUGACGUUUUCCAAGGAGCAGAGGCCCACAAUUGUGGCUUCAUGGCUGCAUUGGCUGCGAUUGCAGACCAUGAAGAUGGCUAUUUGGUCCGCCACUUGCUCCAGCAGAACGAACACGAACACAACGACGAUUUGAAUGCUGAAGGUUGCUAUCGAGUGUCUCUGUUUCUCAACACCAGUAGCAGAAACCUGGAGAAAUAUCGGCAAGUUCAUCCCAGCUUGAUUGCGUCAGAGCAGGAGGUCUUCUUUUCAAAUACGAGGAACUCCAUCAAGGCCGCGACUCGCGGCUCCUGGCGGACCGUGGUCGUUGAUGAUGUCGUGCCGGCCGACUGUAACCGUCCGGGAUGGCCGCGAGCGUGUCGACCGAAUGGACCUCUGUGGCCCAGCGUGAUCGAAAAGGCCUUCGCCAAGGCAUGUGGUGGCUAUGAGAAGAUGGAUUUUGUGGAUCUCACAGAUGCUCUGGUAAUUUUGACGGGGCAGAGCACCUUUCGCAUCGAAUUGGCACGACUGGAAAACUCUGCACACAAGAAGCUAUUCAGGGACCUUUGCGAGUACAAAAGACGAGGGAUUUUGGUCACUGCUGGCAUCUUGCAGCCUGAGGCUCGGGUGUUGCCAAAUGGCUUGGUGACCAAGCACGCUUACACUCUGCUGGACUUAGUACCUGUCUUGGACCACACCAGGAGAUUGCUGACGCUGGUGAAAUUGCGGAACCCUUGGGGCCAAAAUGCCUGGUGUGGUGACUUUGGACCAAAGGAUAUGCGGUGGGAUCCUGAACUGCACUGGAGAAUCCAUGGCGAUGAUCCUGGCGUCUUCUGCAUGUGUUGGGAGGACUUUUUGCAGAACUUUACCAAGAUUCAUGUUUGCCAAGUUGGAGAUAGUGCCAGUGCAUGGCCAUGA